GAGGACAUGAGUUGGGGAAACUCUUGUCUAGAUACCACUUUCGCCAUUCCCAAAAACUGUAAUCAGGUUGCAGCAGACAGUGUACAAGUACAUUUCACUUAAGUCUAUGGGUUCAUGUUGAAAUACUGGAAUCAAAUACGUGUUUUAUGAACAUGCGUGGGGUUUUUUUGCUGCGCAAAUUUGCCGCGAAUGAUAUAGCAUGGAAUCCAAAUACCUGAAGAACGUUUUCAAAUGGUCUAACAGAAUGUUGUUUUACGAACCGAAUGCAGAUGAUCGAAUGCAUACAACCCACAUAACAAGCAAGCACAAUAUAGGCACAUCAUGGUUCAAUCUGCAGGAGUUCCACAGCUUUCAGAUAAUCAGGCUCCGCCAGGGAGACCCAGCUCGGCUACAGAGACAGAAGGGGAUCUGAUUCACAAUACCCAGGCACCACCUCCACCCAAGGAAAGUGGCCCAAAUAAGAGGAGGAAGGCGAGUGUGAGGGGAAACAGCACCAAGCCCAAGAAGAGAAUGACGGACAGCAGGGGUGUUAGCGAUAGACCACUAGUGGAGAAGCAAGGGGUGUGUGAUGAGGGAAGCCCCUUACCUCCACCCCUCCGUAUCUCUUUAAAAAGCCUGUUGGCGGCUGAGAUGAAGCUAGUGUAUGGUGACGAGCAGCACAACAUUACCCAGCAGCCCUCCAAGUCCCCAGUCACCUCCUCGGCUUCACAAUUUAUGUGUCAAGCCUCUGAAAUAGUAGGCCCUCCAAGUGGACCUAAUCUCGGCUUUCUGCCUCAAAUUGACAAAUGGCUGGAUGUAGCCUUACGGGAUGCCGACUCAUACUACCAACAGAAGAAAUAUGGGAUCGCAGCCAGUCGUUUUACCACAGCUCUGGAGCUGUGUUCAAAAGGUGCUGCAGUUGAACAAUCUUUGCAUGCGGUGUAUGAAGACAUUUCUAAGGUUGCCAGUUUGAUUGAGUCCAGACUUGUUGCCUGUUACCUGAGACUGAAGAGACCGGAGAUAGCCCUCAACCACUCCCACAGAGCCAUCCAGCUAAACCCCAUCUAUUUCCGCCACCAUCUGCGCCAGGCCAUGGUGUAUCGACUGCUGGGGAACCCAUGUGCCGCGGCGAGGAGUGCCAUGAUUGCUGACUGGGUGUACUGGCUGUCCGGGUGCUCAGAUGAACACAUAAGCAAGCUCAUCAAACUGUAUUGGCAGGCUCUGUUGGACGAGGCGAUCACCAUGGAGGAUGGUUUCUCUGUCAUGUACACCCCGCGCUCUGCUGGGGACUCCGUGGGGGAUUGCAUCGCCAAGGCUGAGGAGACCUUCAGGAAACAGCACCCUGCCUUCACAGACUACCUGUUCACAGACCCCAGUGGAGGUCACCUGCUGCCCCAGACCACAGACUGGAGCAAUCCCCCGUCCACCCAGCAGAAAUACGUCCUCACCCUGGGCUUCAGGAGGGGACAGGACGGCAGCUUCCUCAGCAAACUCACCAGCAGGACCUGCCCCUCUUUUACAGGACCCAGAGCCUCAUUCAGCUCCAGUAGCCCAGAGGACAUGGAGCGGGUGUGUGACACGUUCAGCAGGAGGAUCCUACCAGUCUUAGAUUUUAUUAAGUGCACCAAACUAGCUGCAGGUUUUUCACCAGGGUCUGGGCUUGUGGAGAGGCUGCAGUAUGCUGGCUACCUGGGACAGAUCCAACGCAGCAGGGAGCAGACCGUCAUCCUCCACCAGGCGCUGGCUGAGCUCGCUGUCGCCCCCUACCUGCAGGACCUCAGCCACGCAGAUACCUCACUGCUGCAGGCUCUAAUGGCAGACACCAUGGACACCCUUGAAGGAAGGCGGACUGAUAGGGAACGUGUGUGGAAUGAAAUGCAAAAGGUGGGGAUGUUGGAGGAUCUGUUGUUCCAACUGGAGGAGACCUAUCUGAAGAACAAGGCUCAGAGGGCCAAUAGGAAGCAGAGGGCCGGGGUCCAGGGGGCGGAGGGGAAAGCCAGAGGAAGACCCAAAGCAGGGGUCAAAAUAGGGGCCAAAGGAGGGGGUACGGCGGUGACGGACAAGGCCAAAGUCCGUCCCACUGAAACCCAGCAAGAGACAGCAGUAACACCAAUGACCUUACCAGACCUGUGAUCUGCAGGCCAGGACAGUGGAGGCCCGAAGUCAUCCUCAUCCUCAAAAUGAAUGGACACCCUCCUCUUCCCUCUCACAAAGCCUCAUCUUCAGUCCCAGCAUCUUUCACACCAUUACUCUAGGCUGGCAGAAAUAAAUGGACUCUGCAGCCUUGCUUUUACUCUGAUUUAGGGUCUGUUUUUAACACUUUAACACCUCCUUGUUUACUCGUUAAGAUAGCGUCUCUAGCCCCACCUCUAGAUGAAAGACCUAGCUGAUUCAAACGUGUGGGAGUGUUCAAUGUAUACACAAGGAGAUGGUUUCAUGUUUAAACUCGCUAAUUUAUGAUUGUUCGUGCAAGUUGUAAUAUGAGAGAUGGUUUGUAAACACAAACAAAUCCAUAUGGUGCAGUAGCAUGAUCAUAAUGAUGUAUGCAUUCCCAUUAUGGGAUUCACAGCAAAUCCGGCUCCAGAUUCUCUGAUGUUUUGAAAACUGUCUAACGUGAAACAACCUUCAUUAAAUCACAUUAUCUUUAUCAAUAUGGUUGGUUAACUAACAAGAAAUACAAAACCUUUUUCCACUCAAUCCUUUGGAGGAAAAGAAAAGGGAUUCAAAUAAAACAAACAUGCUUCCUCCUGAAGUAGCUAGCUGGAAACAGCAGCAUAAACACUUUGUGUACAGUAUGAUGACCAUGUUACUACAGUCUGGUGUAUCACAGUCAUUUCAAUGCCAAAUGUGCAGUUUGGGGAUUGAUCAGGCAGGGCAAAACCUUGUGAGUAAACACAAUCAGUGGGGCCCUCGUCACUCACGUGCCCACGGCUGAUCCAUCAACUGGCCGGUCAGCACCGGCUUCCCAAAGUAGUUCCUCUGGGACAGCCAAUCAGAGGUGCUCUGUGCUAUCGACAGCUGCUUUCUCUCUUUCUUUCUCUCUCCUGUUAUCUACUCUCUCUGGGAAAACAAAGGCUGGUCUCUUUCUCUCUCUCUUUUCCCUUACUACUGAAUAAUCCACAUUUCCCUAUUUGAGGAUUCAUUCAAGGCUCCUACUCUACAGUACAGUGUUUCUCUCUCUCUCUCUUUCUCUCUCAUCCCACCCUCCAUCUGUCUCUUGCUUCCUCCGUUUCCGUUCAGAUGGGUGCUUAAUACCUUGGGAAUUGUGUUGACAACCGAGUCGGCAUAAGCAAUGUUGUGAUCAGCAAUAUGGGCAUGCAUUAUUUUAUUCGCUGAAUAAAUUAAUGGCAUUUAUUGAGUGGUCGAGGAGAGAAAACGUUGGCAUAGGUACUCUAUUGGCAUCUUUAAAAGAUUAAUUAUGCCCGAUGUAGUUUCCAUUUGGUAAACAAUUAUUAUAAUCCAAGCCUACAUGCAUAUUUAAUGAAUACAUUGAAGGCCAUAGCCUUGAUUUUCACUUUUGUGUAAAGCUGUUUAUAUGAAAAUGGUUAGAAUGGCGAUAUAGGAAUGCUAAUGUGGUUAGUUAUUUUUUGUGUUUUAAUUAGUGUACUGUUUUGCAGUGUUGCCCCACUGCAUGUUGUUGCCUCACUGCCACAUGUCUAGGCUGUAGCUCAGUGGGCGAACACAGUUUUGUGGCACACUGUUGACAUGGGUUCACACUGAUGCCUGGUUCAGAAUUGGUCAGUUGAUGUCUAUUAUUAGCUGCUGGAGUUGAUGUAGAGUGGAAGAGGUCAUGGAGUCCAUUGAGUAGAGUGGAACUGUCAUGGCGAUUGUGUGAUCACGUUUUUCACCGUCUUUACUAAUUGGUGUGCGAGCAUCAAGUUAAACCAUACCAAAUGUAAUUAUUUAUUGUUGAAUGAAGAACUGUGUCUUGACAGACCAGGGCCCGGUUUCCCGAUAGCGAUGGAACUUAUUCUUACAAGUGUUUUACGUAGCAUGUUUUAUAUAUUUAGAAAAUAUAUUAUUAGCCCAUCCAACACACCCCCUCUUCAGAUGACAAAA